CUCUCAUCCUCUCCAGAGACCUUGGGCCACACACACCUCUGCCUGCAGCCUGACACAGAGACAGAGAGAAUAAGAUUUUCCACAGUGUUUGUCACUGCUGUGAAACCAUGUUCCCUCUGCGGUCUGUCCUCUUGGCUGGCCUUGUCGGUCUGUGCAUCUGUCAAUAUCAGUCCUAUGACUAUGACUACCCGCCUCCUCCACAGUAUAUAGAAUCCUCGCCCAAUUGUGCUCAGGAAUGCAACUGCCCUAUCAACUUCCCCACUGCCAUGUACUGCGAUGGCCGCAAUCUGAAGCAUAUCCCAUUUGUCCCGACAGGAAUCCAAUACCUCUACCUGCAGAACAACCUUAUCGAGGAGAUCAAGGCAGGUGUUUUUGACAAUGUCACUAACUUGCGCUGGAUUGUCCUUGACAACAAUCAAAUCACCAGUGAUAAAAUCCAGGGAGGAACCAUUGACAAAUUGGGGAAACUGGAGAAGCUUUUAUUUAGCCACAACAAACUGAGCAAACCUCCUAAGCUUAGCUCCAAGUCCCUGGAUGAAAUCAGAUUAACUGACAACCAGCUUACUACAAUUCCUUCAGGACACCUGUCUGGCAUGGAGAACCUCACUACCAUCCACUUGUCCAAGAACAAACUGACGACAGAAGGCAUCACCGGGGCCUUCAAAGGACUGAAGUCAUUGAUGCUGCUGGAUUUAAGUGAAAACAAACUCAAAAAGCUCCCAGCAGGCGUCCCCGCAUCCCUGCUCAUGCUGUAUGCUGACAACAACGAUAUUGAAAGCAUCCCCAGUGGCUAUCUGGCCAAGCUGCCUGAACUUCAGUACCUGCGUCUCUCUCACAACAAGCUGGCAGAUGCGGGUAUUCCAGCUGGUGUGUUCAAUAUUACGUCUCUCCUGGAGCUGGAUCUGUCCUUCAACAAGCUCCAGUCCAUUCCUGAGGUCAAUGAAGCACUUGAACAUCUGUACCUGCAAGUCAAUCAAAUUAGCAAAUUUGAUCUCCCCAACAUCUGCAAGGUUAUCUCACCUGUAAACUACUCCAGACUGAAGUCUCUGCGCCUGGAUGGAAACAAUCUCACCCAGAGUAGCAUCCCCGAUGAGGCCUCCAACUGUCUCCGUCAGGCUUCUGAGAUCGUUUUUGACUAGCUUUCCAAGUCUCUUACAUCUUUGACAACUUUAAAACAUCUAUUUGAACAUCAUUUACACUUUAGAUAUAGCCACUGAGGGUAACUUUCCCUCAGAAAUAGGGAACCUUUUCGUCAGUAUAGCCUUAAAAAAACAAUAAAGUCUUGUUUUUUUGUUUAAGGAGAUCUGUACAAUGGAAUAAAAUGUACCGCCACCCAUAGUACACUGAGAUCUAUGUAUUAAAACUUUGAAAUAUCCAUACUUGGCACAUUCCAGUAUCUAGCACAAGGCACACAUGUAUUAUGAAUCUUAUGUAUGACUAGUGCUUUAAUACAAAACAUGCUUGAAUACUAUGUAAUUACACAUAUUUUUAUCCUAACAAUCACUUUAAACAUUCCUGUAUCUAAUAUUUAUAUGGAUAAAAUUGAAGCACAGAUCCUUAUUAUAUCUUAUGCUUUUGUAUAGAUUGUCUAAAUGCUGGCACUAACACUCAUUAUUUACUGUAAACAUGACAAUAUUAAGCCUUCAGGAAUUAGCAAUAGCUUUUAAAAAUGUCAUUUUAAUCAUCUCUGAUGAGAUAUAUCUGUAUACUAUCUGUUUUAAGUUUAUCAGCAUAAGCUAAAAAUGCCAUCAGCUAUAUUACUCACAUAUGUUUGAUUUAGGGGUAUGCCAUGCAUUGGUAAAAGCUGGCUAGCAAUAUGAGAUUAUUUUCUGAACGUGUAAUUAGUUAAAUCUACUAUGGUGUAGCUUGCAAGUAUUAUAGAGUUAAAUAAACUGUGAAGAACUGCUUAUA